UAACUGCUUUCCUAGUCUAUUUCAGGUCAAGUCAAGUGCAUUCACCAUGCCGCACGACACCAUCAACUUACAAAGAGGCAGCUCUCAAGACGUUUCCGUUCGGAGUUGUCAAAGCGUGGCAUCGGCGCGAGCUCAAGUAGAUGAAGAAGGACUCGAAGAAGAAAAAAAAUUCCCGGCGCACUUCCGGAACGAAUCCGUUAGCGUCUAUUGGCGGUAUGGUAUCGUGAUCUACUUACUGGCAGUGUUGUCCUUACUGCUUACCUCCGAUAUUGGUAGCGGUGUCGUCGCUCUGACAAAAGUUGUUCCCUCCGCUAACGACAAUUUCACAAAAGCGCGGGAGCAGGUUUUGCUGGAAGCUUCCGUUUUCACGUCGGUCAAAGAAUUAUGGAACUUGGGAUCCUACGGCUUGGCCAUUCUCAUUGUUGUUACAAGUAUUAUGUGGCCGUACGUCAAACUACUGCUUUCUUUAUAUGCCUGGAUGUGGCCAUUUCGAACAGCGAGAGGUAGAGAACGAUUGCUGGUGUUGCUAGAUGUACUCGGCAAAUGGAGCUUUGUGGACGUUGUCGUGUUUAUUGAAAUCAUGGUCGUCUUUCGGGCAACUAUACCCCUAGGCGGUCCAACUUUGGAGGUGUGGAUUGCACCACGAUGGGGAUUUUUUGGAUUUGUUGCGGCGACAAUGCUGAGCUUGAUUGGCACGCAUGCUAUUUUGUUCCAUCAUAGAAGGAUUGUGUACGGAACGAUCACUUCAAAUCUGCAAGGGCUACAGAAUAUUGCGGGUAUCGCGACAAUACGGACUUUGCUGAUGUCAUUUCUACUUUUGGCUGCUGCGGGCAUCUAUUUUGCUGGUUGUUGCAUUGGCAUGUUUCGCAUUCUGAAUUCUCGCGGCAAUCUUGAGAUCGCACCCGUUGACUACUCGUUGAUUGACGUUGGCCGGGACCUUUCCGACGCCGGCCAACAUCCAGACGACCGCGCGCAGACGUGGUUGCAAAUAAUCUGGUUCACGUUAGCAAUGGCAGCCCCAAUCGGCUCGUUCAUUCUAUUUGCAGUGUUGCUUUGGGCACCCUGGAAAGGAGCUGCGUUGCGUAAGAUACUAUUCCUCGCGGAGAUUUCCUUUGCUUGGAAUUGUGCGGAAGUUGUUUUCGUCAGUACCAUCUUUGCCGUUCUGGAAGUUCCAACGUUUGGAGAAGGUCUGAUUGAUUCAGGCUGCGACACCUGUUACUCCGUAGAUUCCAAACUUUUAAAUGAACUGGCGGUGCUAGGGGUCGGCACCCUUUUGAGCGUGUUGGCAAAUGCUCUCAUCUUUCAAAGAGCGCACCAGAGCCUUUACUGUAAUUCUUAA